AUGUCUUUGCCUACUGCUGCUCACGCAAAUGCUGCUGCUACUGCAAGAAGGACGGGACCUAACUUGAAUAUCGUUAUUUCUUGUCCUGAAUGUAAAGUAUAUCCUCCUAAAGUUGUCGAGAGAUUUAGUGAAGGUGACAUUGUGUGUGCUCUGUGUGGGUUGGUCCUUUCUGAUAGGAUUGUGGACACUAGAUCAGAGUGGCGUACUUUUUCCAACGAUGAUCAGAAUGGAGAUGAUCCCAGUCGUGUGGGCGAGGCUUCAAAUCCGUUGUUGGAUGGCAAUCAUUUAUCUACCAGAAUUGGUCAAGCACAAGGUAGUGAUGUGAAGUUGACCCGAGAAUUAAAUAGAGCGCAAAGCAAGUCGAUUGUUGAUAAGAAGGAUAACGAGUUGCAAGCUUCAUACGCUAAGAUCACGAUGAUGUGUGAUGCGGCCGAGUUACCGAAGAUUGUCAAGGAUUGCGCCAAAGAAGCAUACAAGCUUUGUUUUGAAGAGCGUGCAUUGAAGGGUAAGUCUCAGGAGAGUAUAAUGGCCUCUGUAAUCUUGUUAGGGUGCCGAAGGGCAGAAGUUGGUAGGUCUUUUAAGGAAAUCCUGUCUCUAACAAACGUUAGAAAGAAGGAAAUUGGCAAGACGCUGAAUAUAAUUAAAAAAAUUCUACGAGAAAAGAAUGAUAGAGGUUUUGUCAACAUUGACACUGCAAAUAUAUCGACUGGUCAAACGAGUGCCGAGACUUUUAUUCCAAGAUUCUGCUCUCACUUGGGAUUAUCAGUUCAAGUUGCAAACGCUGCAGAGUACAUUGCCAAACAUGCAAAGGACAUUAAUGUAUUGGCGGGUAGAUCACCCAUUACCAUAGCAGCAUCAGCCAUCUAUAUGGCGAAUCUAUUAUUCAAAUUUAACAUUACACCUGCUCAGAUUAGUUCUACGCUGCAAGUCACUGAAGGUACCGUUAAAGGUGGAUACAAGGUACUAUAUGAGCAUAAGGAAAAGGUCGUGGAUCCUGAGCUGGUUUCGAGUGGCAAGGUGAGCUUUGAUGAUCUCCCAAAGGUUAGUGAUAAAGGGGAUAAAUAA